GUAUAGAUUUUGGUGGCGGUGAUCUUAAAAUGAAGUUUGACCCUACAUGUCGUUGCUGUUGCAUACAAACUUCUUACGAAAAUCCAAUUAGAAGUACAAGAGAUGAUUUUGAAGUUGAAGAUUAUGUAGCCUUUCAAGUUUUGAGAAAAGGGUCGGAGAUUCCCAAUCCAAU